UCAGGAGGCGGAAAGUUGGCGCAGAUGGUAUAAGAGAGGGUUACGCAUGGCUUUUUUUUCUAUCAAUGUGUUGACUCUUCACUCCCAGACCAGGGACAGGGGAUCCACGUCCACAGUGUGGCGUGGACUCGACAGACAGUGACGGAGAGUAGGGGGAAAACCCCAGGAACAGCUCACCCACAACAGAGCAUUGCAGCUCUCAGACUGGGGCAGAAACCCUUCCUGCCGCACCUGCCUGCAGACAAAGCCGCCGUCCCUCCGCUGUGGUGCUGAAAGCGCAGUCUGCGAGCCCUGCGCAUGGUGAGGCAGGGCUAAGAUUCCAAAGAGAGACAAGACGUUUGAAAACAAAAGCUGAAGAAAAACUUUGUGUGUAUGGAUUUAGAAGAAGCACGCUGCAACACUCAGCAGAAGUGAUGGCCAGAGCCCCCUCCUGUCCUACGGGCUUCGAUCGGGCGGUGUGAGCACAGCAGCGGAACCCAGCGGAACCUCCGCAGACGAGGACAGUGACCGAGGCUCUCCAUCAGUGAGGUGAAUGUUGAUGACACCAUUGAAAUGCUACCAAAAUCAAGAAGAGCUCUUACCAUUCAAGAGAUUGCUGCUUUAGCACGGUCUUCUCUGCAUGGUAUUUCACAGGUGGUCAAGGACCAUGUGACAAAGCCUACAGCCAUGGCGCAGGGCAGAGUAGCCCAUUUGAUAGAGUGGAAAGGAUGGUGCAAGCCUAUGGACACGCCAGCAGCCUCGGAGUCAGACUUCAACUCUUAUUCUGAUCUCACUGAGGGAGAGCAAGAGGCCCGCUUUGCUGCUGGUGUGGCGGAGCAGUUUGCCAUCGCCGAGGCUAAGCUGAGGGCCUGGUCCUCUGUGGACGGCGACGAGUCCAAUGAUGACUCAUACGAUGAAGACUUCCUGCCUGCCAGCGAGCCCGCCACACAGAGCACAGAAUUGUCAUCUUAUCCACCGUAUUUGAAGGACCUGAUCCACAGCCAGCUUUGCCAGCACCUGGGCCUGCGAAGGCCCUGCUCCGAGAGCGGAGGAGGGCUGGGAGAGGGAGGUGGCAGCAGAGAGCCCUCCCCUACGGCGGGCUCUCCGGACACACUGUGCUCCAGCCUCUGCAGCCUCGACGAGCAGCAUCCACUGCUGCGCGACCUGGGAACUCAUCGUGGCCAGAACAACGCCGCCGAGCUUGCCGCAAAGAUCCUGUCCGCGCUGCACGGGGGGGAGGAGCUGCUGGCCCGACUUCAGAGGGUGGGGCAUUGUGGGCACGGUGGGGGAGACUGCGGCUUCCACAGCUUGAGUGGGGGCGGCCGGGGCAGCCGGGUCAGCCGGUCCUAUGGAGGUCUGGACUCUCCUUGCUACUCCAUGUCUUACUCUGAGACGUAUCUGUCACCGGGUGAGGAUGACGACACCCCCUGCAAGGACUAUGACGGCACUGUGUGCCAGGAGGAGGCUGAGGGCCAGGGGGUGGAGUACCCCCCUGACUACGACCCGCGCAGGAGGGUGUCUGAUGUGGCCUCCUCAGGGGUUGUUUCCCUGGAUGAGGAGGAGGAAGAGGAGGAACUCGAGGAGAGAGCAGGAGAGCCGAACAACCACUGACUCCUGUCUUCUCACCUCAGUAUUCGGGGAGGGGCUUCUUUAUUUUUUAGCAAACACCCCCCCCCCCCUUCAUCAUGGUGUUUGAACAUUUUGAAUCUCUCUGUAGACCCCCUCCUUCCCUUUGAUGCGUAAAUCACCUGUCUUUGCCUUAUACCUGCAGCAUUUUAGCUCUCCUCGCCAUCUAAUAAGUCCCUAUUUCACCAGUUAACACUUUUUGCUUUGAAGGCGUCCAAACAAUCCUUUUUCAUCGGCGUGAGAGCAGCGAGGGCUGGACUAGGCGCAGUCAGCCAGGUGCCUGACUCUCAGGUAUGACGCCCGCUGUUUUUCGGCUAUGCCUCCCCCGGUUCGGUGAACGGACGCUGCUCCAGGCAGACGGAUCGACUGAGAGUCCGACUCUCUGACUUUUAUCUGCAUGUUACUUGCAAGUGCUGAAAUCAAUGGGCUGACCUGGACUCGAGCACGUUUUUGUAAAGUCAGGUGCGGUUUAUCACCUCUGUCUAUCCCUCCUCCUCCCCAUGAGUGAACAGGCUGACACUGCAUCCUGGCACCUGUCUUCACCCCCCCCCCCCCACAACCCCCCCAGCCUCUCUCCCCAUUCCUUUGUAGUAAAGUAAAUCGCAUCCUUUUGGGCAUGGCUUGCUGAGUAUGCCAAACUAUUUAACCCUGCCACUACCAAUUAUGAGCAAAUGCUGGAAUGUCUUCAAAGUGGCAGGAACUGGUAUGUAUGUAAAAAAAAAAAAAAAAAAAAAAAUCCUGUGUUCCAGAUGAUAUGAGAAAUGAUAUGCUUUUAAUGUACUAGUUUUCUAUCAGCCAUGUUGUUGUUCACGUCAUCGUCAUGAUGGACAGCUGCUCGGCGUUCCCGGUGUUUUCUGCGGAGGACACCUGAACUUUGCUCCCGAGAAACAAAAGGACUCACAGCAGCAAGACAGGAAACACAAAGAGAGAAAGUUCCCGCAGCGACGGACAUUUGGCAUUUUUUCCUGUGCAGAGAUGAGUUGCAUUGGAGAUUUUUCUAUAUUUUUGUAUGCAUUGUCUUGCUUUGAUCUCUUUGCCUAUAUGCGGCGUGCCAGUGUAUGUGGUUUUUUGCACGAAGCUAAUGUGGCUGUAGAUUUCUCCUGUUCUUUGUUAUCACUGUGUGAUAUAGUCUACUGGGAAAAAACAACAACAUACAAAUGUGAAAACAUUUUCUUUUGUAUUUCAAAAGAGGAUACUGUGAUACUGUUUUUUUUUUUGGCCAUUUAUCAUACUCUUCAUGAAGACCUCUUGUUUUUCUCUCCAUCAUUUAAAAGCUUCCUAAUGAUCUUCAGUAUUUCCUCUCAUGUUGACUCUUGAAAAGCUUUGCCUUUUUCCCCCUGUCCUCUUCCUUUCUAUGAUGCUUGCAAAAAGACAUGUUAAUGUGACACAUUGAGAGCCUCCAGCAUCCUCUCCAUGUUGAUGUGCUCCCUGAGAGAAAGCGUCUUUCAUACAACUCAGGAAAUCCCAUUGGACCAGGGCAUGGAUUCAUUCGUUCCCACAUGCACAUAGGCACGGGCUGGUUUCCGGUACCAAAGAAUGCCAAAGUUAUGGUUUCCAGGCCGUUCAUAGAGCUCCUACGGUUUAAAAUCCAUGAGCGAGCUCCCAGAGAAAGGUCUGGAGUGGCCAGACAGUUAUUUAGCUGUACCCUUUAGAAUAGGAGCAUAGAGUCCCUCCCCAACCUGUUGUUGAAAAACUAAAGCAGUUCCAUCCAUCACUCUUAUUAAGUUAUAUAUAACACUGUUUGGCUAAUAUUUUUUAGCAGAUUUAGGAAUAAUUGUCACUUUCCUCUUUUAAAUAAUGGUAAUAUGUUUUAUCGAUCGUUCCAGUUUUUAUGCUUGUAUGCAUAGCACAACAUGGUCCAGCUACUUGUACCGAUAGAUCAAGGUUUUUAAGAAUUACACUUUCAGAGGUGGUUAAAUGUUUCCAAAUGACCUACUCCAGUCAGAAACAGACCUCAUUUCAAUAUUGAGCAUAAACCUGGACCUCAUUUAGACAUGAGUCGGGGUAAAAUCUAGAAAUAACCUUGAUUUAAGCCUAUACAAAUCUUCUAGGUUUAGUCUAAACAAAACCGCCUGAUAGACUUUAAAACAUUUUUUGUGACAUCCACAAACAAAUCUGCAAACCAUGGAAAAUGCCAGAAAUUACUGUCUGAACCCCAUCGGCACUCAUUUGAUUCAAUCCAAAUAGAUUUUAAACCGCAGUCUUGGGGUAAUGAUGUACAGCAAAGGGCUGUAGUUUAGUUUAUUUGUUUAUGUCAUCCAUUAGGAAUUCAAGCUGUACAGAAUUUGCAUUGACAGGACGACACUCUGUGGUUCUCACCAGAGACAAAGUUCGGUUAGAUUUCAUUAAAAUCGUCAUGAAUCCAGACAUUCUCACAGUGGCAGCGCCUCCGUAACCAAGUUGCGCAUGGCACGGAGAUGAUGCAGCACAGACAGAAUAUUUCUUAAAAAUGUAUUCAUUCACGCUUCCCUAAAUCACUUUUCAUGGUACGUGUUGGUGCAGCUCAGCUAGUAAAGACAAUCCCUUAGUGAUCCUGAAUUUAAUUUCUCAUUCCUCUCUUUCUCAAAUGCUUUUUGUUCUCCCAUAUAGCAGGUCUACAUGUAGAUUUCUUAUGAAUGUUCAAAACCAGUUAAAAAAACAGACCAAAUACUAGUAGGCUAGAUGUUGUAUGGGCUACUUAGACAAUCUUUACAUGGAUUUUCAUUGUAGAAAUGCUCUCUGGGAUGGUUUAAAGUCCUUUUUAUGUGGCGAAAAUUGGUCAAAGUGAAUGAAACAUUUCACUGAGUUCUACUUUGAUAUCAAAGUAUUGGAGUUACCAAAGGUUUCUCCAGUUAUUUGACGCUUGCAGCACAGUCCCUCCCCCACCUGUUGCUGGACCCUGCUGGUUGCUCUGUUUCCUUACACAAAAGAUAAAGCUAGCUGUUUGAAAAGUUGUGGCAUGGAAAGACAAACAGUCAGCAGAAGCACUGGUGUACAACAGCUGGCUACAGACUCUACCUGAGCAGAUAACCUGACUAAUUGAAAAGUUAAUCUAACAUUUAAAUGUAUGUACUUAUGUUUCACAAUGGAACAGUUAUUUUAACCACACUAACAUUAUUUUAUUUAAGCAUCCAAAUGAAUUGUUGCUGUUCUGUUUCAAAUAAAAAGGCGACUGGAUGAUAUUUGUUUUAAAUCUUUGCUUUAAUACCCCUGAGCCUGUGAAACCAUGGCUCUCUGAGAAUCUGAUACCAGCCCAUGCCUACGUGUCCAGUCCCCCUCCUCUUUCACUCUCACCCUGCAUGUGUGCACACGUGUUCAAGAGAAACCCUGGAGUGAGUCACUCUUUUCUACGGUACAGCGUAAUCCAAGCACAGACUUGACUCCCGCUUCUUUGCUCUUUCUUCAAAGAAUCCUGACUCUGUUUGUAUCUUGAAAUUUUGUGAAAUAGUGCGUCUGAUUGUGUCUCGUAAGAUGUCAGCAAGCGGCCCAAGCUUGCACCAUGAAUUCAUUCCAAAACCCCUCCGAUGCAGCGAUUCCCUUUAAAACAGCGUUUCGGCGUAGGUGAGCUCCUGUACGAGGCCGAACCUUAGCUGGUUUAAUUUACAGACAACAGCGGGGGCUCGUGUCGAGUGUUUGACAAGACCGUGACAACUCAGGGGGAACCAUUGAAGCUGUGCCUUUCAUACAUCACCUUUGACCUCUCAAACUGCAUCAUCGCCGUUACAUCCUCCUUGGUGUCGCUCAGACCACGGUCCAAAUGGAACAGGGAUCACAGUGAAGUGAAUGGGUUAGACAGAGACGUCAGACAAUCCUGUUGCACCUCCUGCAGUGAUGAGAGCUUGCAGUGGGCCGACCUGCGUCACUGUCCUUUAGCUUGACAUUAAAAGCCGGACGGGACGAUGCUGGCGAGGCGAGGUCGAGCUUUUGUCCGAGCGUGGUGACGCUAGCCUGCCUUUGUUCCACAACCUUCCCUCAGUUUUCCACUCUGAUUAUCAGCUCGCUGUGCAUGUCUGUCUGAACGGGACCGUUGCUUCUGCGGGGCAAAGACGGGCAUCCUGGACAUCAUGGACAUGUGUGCGUUUAUGAUCUGUGUGCUUCUGAGAACCGUGACACUAUUUGCUCAUACCCAGGAGAACAGAUUGGAUAGAAGCAGAAGAUGUGCUGCUGAUACACCAGACAGCCUGAUGAAUGUGCCCCCUCUCCAUCCUUCCAUCAGCGUCCUCUAAUUUCCACUUCUCUCCUCCCACCUCCCUUUGUUACAGUCUAUUCCCUUCAUUCUGCCGCCCUCACUCUUUUUCUCUCCCUCAGUCGCUCCGUCCUUCCCCACGGGGGGCUUGUUACGUAAAUAUGAGGACGUUUAAGUGCUACCUUUGCCGAAAGGCAAUUAGCCUACAAUUAGAAAAACGACUGAACAUCGGGAGAUGUGUAUCUCUCCCCUGUCUGUCGGUUUUUGUUCUCCCUUUUCCCCUUCAUCUCAUCCGCUCACUCUUUUCCAAACCCUUUCUCCCCAACUCGUUGCCACCAGCACAAGUUUCUACGUGGCAGCUUUUGAGGUCAGCUUUCCCAGAAAAUGCUUGUGUCUUUGUUUGACAGUUUGUCACCCAGAACAACAGGAAAUCCUCACUGUCCCCCACUCAGUCACAUCUUUCUAUCCAAACAUGUUGCUCGUCAUUCGUGUGAAUGUCCCUGGGCAAUCGGUUUUAGUUCGUUGCUUCAGGCGAAGGCUGACAUUGGAUACUUAUGAGAGAGAAGUGCUCCAGAUUCAGUGUGUGUGAGAUACUAGCAGAGAGAACCAGCGCCAUAAAAAGACACCGCAACAUCUGUUGGACGGUGUUGCAGGAGGCCGUGCACAUAUUCUGAUGGUGGUAGCGCCCCUGUCACCUUGUAACCUACUUACCUGUUCAGAACAAAGCAGAUGGGCCUGGGGACCGCUCUCCUCACACCCUAUCAGCGAAUACUGGGUCAGAACUGGCCAACAAAACCAAGGCAGAGUCAAAACUGCAGCAGGAAGUGACAGCUGUGGUCUGUGUUUGACCCACAUCAGCCUAUAAUGACGGGUAAGAACAAGACUUACUGUCCAGAGGGCCAAGAGGG